UGAGUAUGUUUAUUAUCAUGUCAGUAUUUUUAGAAAUAAUUUUUAAAAUUUUGUAAAUAAAUGGCUGUAGCGUGGCAACAACAGAUUUUUGCAUUGGACGCUCGUUACAAUGCUCAUAGAGCUCCAAAUCAUGCAAACUUUCGUACACUUUACAUACGUAGGCGUAGUCAACUAUUACGAGAGAAUCGCAAUUUAUCACCUGAACAUUUAAAAAGUUAUUUGAAAAUACGAGGACAAUUGUUGCAAAAACGAUAUGGAUCACCUUUGGAUCAACCUAGUAUAGGUCAUAGCCGUAGCAUGAGCCUUCGAAGUGUUAGUAGGGUUAGUGGUGAUUUUGGUGACGCACGAUUGAAUAUUCAAAAUACAGGAACUGUAAGUGGUCUAGUACCAACAAAACAAGCUGAUGCAUCGCGAGCUAUAGUCGGUGGAAACAGUAUAGCUGAAAAUUAUGCUUUCACUGGAGUUCAUCACAUUUUCGAUCAACAUAAGUCGUCUGUCGUUAUGGUCAAAUUUGCAAAUAAUGAUCGUUCUCGGCUACUUUGUGCAUCAUCGGAUGGAACGCUUUCGAUAUGUGAAGUUGCUGUUGAGAAACCAUACCUUGCAGCCGUACUUCGAGGGCAUACACAACCGGUUACUGGUUGUGAUUGGUCUGCUAGUAAUGAUUUAGUUGCUAGUUGCUCACAAGAUGGUUCUGUUCGUUUAUGGGAUUCUAAAAAUGGCACUUGUUUAAGAUCAAUUCAAGAUAAACUUCUUUGCCCGCUACAAUGUUGUUUAUUUCAACCAACAAAUUGUAACCUUGUUAUUACUGGUAAUAACAAAGGAGAACUGCGAAUUAUAAAUGUAUCUACUGGUCGAGCACCAUUAGGAGGCUAUUGUCGUGUUGGAGGGAGUGUACUUAGUAUAGGUUGUGAUAUAAAUGGUCAAUUAUGGUGGGUUGGUACAAAUAAGGGAGAAAUUAUUUCUAUUACAUGUGAUAUUACUGGUAGGUUACGUAAAGUGCGAAAAUUCCAAAUAGCUGGAAAUAAUUGUUUAAUUACAAGUAUUAGUUGGCGAGCUUGGAUCAGCAGAGAAGCAAGAGAUCCUAGUUUAUUGGUUAAUUGUUCAAACAAUAAACUUGCUUUGUUUAGGGUGAUGGAUAAAGAAGGGAAUCUACAAUUAAAAUGGAGUUUUAAUAAUAAACAAAGCGAUAACAAUAUGAUAAGAUCCACAUUCUGUCCAAUUAUGUCGUUUCGACAAGGUGCCUGUGUAGUUACUGGAAGCGAUGAUGGUCAAGUAUAUUUUGUGGAUAUUGAACGACCUCCAAAUCGUGCAAUCGUAACAGUUUUACAAGGGCAUGCAAACGCUUCCUUUGGUCUUAGUUUUAAUUAUGAUGAAUCUUUAUUAGCCACCAGCGACAAAGAAGGUUUAGUUAUUAUUUGGAGAAGAGCUUCGUAAAUAAUAUAGUAAGAAAAUAUUCUCAUAUUAUAUUAAUUUUUGUUGCUUAUCGAUUAAAUUUCAAAGUAUUUAUAAUGUCAAUAUUGGUUACCGAAUGAAUUAACGCUGUAACCAGUAACCACAUACUAGUUUUGUGUUGAUUGUCAAAGUUAAUUUUCCAUAUUUAAUAAUUAUCUACAGAUUUUAUUUUAUUAAUAUUUAAAAGUCAAUUUAUAUUAUACAAGCACAGCGAAUGAGGAUAUGAUUUCGGUAAUAGAAAGGUUUAAUUUGAAUAAUUCAAGAGUUAUUAAACUGUUUUAUAUUAACUCCCGCUUAAGAGAAAGCGUAUUAACGCUUUGUUAGUUUUUAGUGUCCGACCGAAGGUCGAUUUUUGGCCGAAACCGAUUAAUCGGCUAUAGCCACAACCUUCGACCGAAGCCGAGCCGAAGCCGAAGGUUUAAAAACAUGAUUUUAAAACUUUAAUAUUAAAGUUGAUCUCUAGAAGUUGAUCUAGAGAUUAUGAUCUUUAGAAGUUGAUCUAGAAGUCAAUCUAAAGAUGAUUAAAAAAAUUACCUUGAAAUUUAUUUCAAAAUAAUAACAUUUAGAACAAUUCGUUCAAUUCCGACGUUUGCUAGGAACCUUCGGUCAAAGCUUCGGCUUCGGCCUGAAUUCAGGCCGAAGCCGAAUGUUUGACCGAAGGUGUUUUUUUUGGCCGAAGGUGGCCGAAGCCGAAGCUUCGGUCGGACACUAUUAGUUUUACAUUUUCUAUCCUAAAAGCUAAAAGAAGAAAUGAUUUGGUAAACAUAGAAGACAAAAGACUUUACUAAAAUAAAAAUACAGUGAAACAUGGUUAAGCGAAACAUCAAGGAACCUGCAAAUUUAUCUCACUUAUAGAGGUAUUCUACUAUUCUACUACUCAGUGUCUCAUUUACGGAGGGUUCCAUUAAUAGAGGUCAGAAUACAGGUUAUUUUAGUUAUAAAAAUGCGAUUAUUAAAUAAAAUAACGUAUUAUCAAUACCAUUGCUGCUAGAAAAAAUAUACCGAGCCUUCGCGCAAAAUCUUGUGCCUUUUCUUUAAGCAUCGGUCCGCUUACCGGAACGUUUUUGUUACGAAGUUGCUUGACCCAUGUUAGCAAACAUUGUUCAAGUUCAGGAUAUUCUGAUAAGUACACGUUUUAGUUUUCCUUGUCCUUCAGAACACUGUGAUUGAAUUUUAUCUUUAUUCUGAAUUAUUCUACAAAGAGUAUAGAUUUUGGCACACAGACUUCAUUGCGUGUCUUCCCACUUUCAUAAACGGAUAUUAACUUCAGUUUUUCACAUACUGAUAACGAUUUGAGCCUUCGUUUCAGCAUUUUUCAAAUCAAAAUCCGUAUGAUAGUAAAGUAAAACUAAAACUGAAGGUCUUUAAGGAUCAAAAAAGUUAAGUGCUGAAUUUGCGGGUAGAAUAAGAAUAAGUAAACAAGCAAAACGGUGUUAUCUCAGUCCUCAGUUACAGAGGUUAAUGCAUAUAAAAUUCUCUCGCUGUUUCAGUUGUAGAGGUAAAUAUGACGAUAAAAUCAAAACAAAUCCCAGAUAUAGAGGUUUGCUUCGUCCCACUAACAUAGGAAUUCAUUGCCAAAGUAUUGAGACCUCAGUAUGUGUUUCAGUUAUGGAAGUUUCUCAUUUAUCCAGGUCCCACUUAACCAAGUUCCACUGUAUUUAUUAUAAAAAAAUAGAAAUAUGUAGAAUAUAAAUUUUAUUACAAUUUUUAAGCAUGGACAUAGGGAAUAGUAGCUUUCUAAAGGGAAAACAAUAAAUUUGGAAUUUCUCUGUUAUUAUUAAAAAACAGGAAUACUUAUCGUUAAGUUUUAUAAUCAAAUUCUUACAAACUCCUACUAUCAAAUUUUUUCUGGAAGUAAUGAAUAAAAAAAAAAGACAAA